UGGGCGGCGCGAGCCACAGCGUGGGGCGAGCCAGGGAGCAGGCGCGAGAAGAGCUCUGCCUGCAGACUGCAGCCCGCAGCCUCUGGCCGGCCGGCCUCCCAGUGCGCGUGCGCGGCUUCUGCAGCCAGCCGGGACCAGCCCUGCGGACCAGCGAGCGGAGCGAGUGAGCUGUGUGGGGCGCUAGGCGAGGUCGAGCCGAGCACAGCCGCGAGCGACAUGGGGGACCGGGAACAGCUGCUGCAGCGGGCGCGGCUGGCCGAGCAGGCGGAGCGCUACGACGACAUGGCCUCCGCCAUGAAGGCGGUGACAGAGCUGAAUGAGCCCCUUUCCAAUGAAGAUCGCUAUCUCCUCUCUGUGGCCUACAAGCAUGUGGUUGUGGCCAGGCGAUCUUCCUGGAGGGUCAUCAGCAGCAUUGAGCAGAAAACCAUGGCCGAUGGAAAUGAGAAGAAAUUGGAGAACGUGAGAGCUUACCGGGAGAAGAUUGAGAAGGAGCUGGAGUCAGUUUGCAGUGAUGUCCUGGCUCUGCUCGACAAGUUCCUCAUCAAGAGCUGCAGUGAUUUCCAGUAUGAGAGCAAGGUGUUCUACCUGAAGAUGAAAGGGGAUUACUACCGCUACUUGGCAGCGGUAGCUUCUGGGGAGAAGAGAAACAGCGUGAUCGAAGCCUCCGAGGCAGCCUACAAGGAAGCUUUUGAGAUCAGCAGAGAGCACAUGCAGCCAACGCACCCGACCCGCCUGUGCCUGGCCCUCAACUUCUCCGUGUUCUACUACGAGAUCCACAAGGCACCCGAGCAGGCCUGCCUGUUAGCCAAGCGGGCCUUUGACGACGCCAUCGCGGAGCUGGACACAUUAAAGGAGGAUUCCUACAAGGACUCCACGCUCAUCCUGCAGUUGCUGCGAGACAACCUCACCGUCUGGACCAGGGACCAGCAGGAUGAAGAAGCACGAGAAGGCAAUUGAAGAGCCUUCGGGUCCCUGGCCCUUCCUUCACCCGCCACCCCCGUCGUCAUCGCUGAUUCUUCCUUCCCACAGUCACUGAAUAUCGAAACCUGUCUGUCUCUCUGCCUGUCUGCCUGCCUGCCUGCCUGCCUGCCUGCCUGUCUGCCUGUCUGCCUGUCUGUCUGUCUGUCUGUCUGUCUGUCUGUCUUGGCAGCACAACUGCUCAGAUCUGCUCUCCCAUCGUUUGGGGGGCAGCUUCGGAUAGACUUUCACGGACAUUGCUGGACUGACGGUUGCUUUGGGCCCGCAAGAACUCCAAAAGAACUCUUUGGGACUGUGCAGAAAAGUGUGUUCCGAAUGAGGCACUUUACUGUGCCUGCUGAGCUGUGGCAGAUCGGGGUGAAUGUAACUGGGGAGUUGGGAAAGGAGAGUUAGCCAGCACGGGCUGUGGUUGAUGUUUGAAACAAGCUGAUAGUGUGUUGUUAAGCAGUACAUCUCUGCAUGCCAAAGUGAGCUCAACCCUCCCACCUGUUUCUUCAGCUGAUGGAACACUUAGGGGAAGCUGAUACGGGGAGACGACUUGCUCCUUUCCAUCAGCUUUGUAACAAACUGUUUAACGUGAGGUUUCAGUAGCACUCUGUUUUGCCUCUCUGAAUUAGGACGUGCACAAACCUUCUUCUCAGUGUAGUGCAUCUAAAGUUUUGGUGUGUGUAGCUUUCUGUUUGGGGUUGCGAUUGUUUAAGAAUUAUGGGCUUUGCUUUUUCCUGUUACUCCUUGGCUACUGUCCUUGUGCAUCCUGACAGCGCCCUGUGCGUCAGCCCGUGUCAAUCAAGAUGAGUGAUUUCAUGACAUGUCAGACUUGUAAAAUAAAUGUUUUGGAAUCCAAAGGGUAAACAAAUGCUGCUUUGGGGCUAUUAAAAAAGUAGAAAAGAAAUAGGGAGGGGGUGGAGGGGU